CAUGUAAAAGUGGGAAUCUUGGUUUUGUUGACGGACGGUAAUGAUCCAAUCUGAGCACUUGACUAGUUUGACACACUGACAGGUGGCCAAUCAGUGUCCUUCACUCCGUUAUCAGUCGGGCUGGAUUCAGCCAAUGGGCUCUAUGGAUGGGCCUCGAUCGUCUUUCGGCUGUAGUCGGUCACUCGCCUUGCUUCACACCGAUUCUGGUGAUUUCCCGAACUCAUCGGGUUCGGUAAAACGACUUCCUCGGAGCCGGGUUCGGGAAAGGAACGGGGACUAGGCAUCCGGCUCGGAGAGUGGCCACCUUGCACGGUGCGAAAACGGGGUAUUUGCGCUGGGGAGAGGCGUGGGGCCUCGUUCGGCGGGGGCUGCACGGAGGGACAGGCGGGGACAGACGAACCGACCGAGUCGGGCUGGAUGCGCUGGACUCGGCCCGGAGCGCUGCGGUUCCAGCCAAGCACCAUACCACAGCCCAAGACAGAAAGACGAGACACGGACGUCGCUGUCUCCAUUCCGGACUAUAACACCCUUUAUUCUUUUUAUAACGGGUCUAUACUGUAGAGGAGAACAGGUGAGCUCACUGCCCGUCUAGACUGCAGCUGUCAAGCUAUUUCAGUCCGGACCGACUGGUUUUGGGAGAACGAACGGACCGACUGCUGGACUCAGCUUGGACCGGGUCCUGGAGAGUCCAGGGCGGGUUGUGGAGCUCGGAUCGCCCGCUGACGGCCUGCCAUCAUGGGCAACGUGCCCACGGCCAAGAAGGGGAGCGAGAUGGAGAGUGUGAAGGAGUUCCUGGUUAAAGCCAAAGAGGACUUUCUCAAGAAGUGGGAGAACCCUGCACAGAACACAGCGAAUCUGGAUCAGUUUGAGCGGUUGAAAACUCUGGGUACGGGUUCGUUUGGCCGCGUCAUGCUGGUCAAGCACAAAGAGACCGGGCAACACUUUGCCAUGAAGAUCCUCAACAAGCAGAAGGUUGUAAAGCUGAAACAGAUAGAACAUACUCUGAAUGAGAAGCGUAUUCUAACGGCUGUCAGCUUCCCUUUCCUGGUACAAGUAGAGUACUCCUUCAAGGACAACACUAACCUGUACAUGGUGAUGGAGUAUGUACCGGGUGGAGAGAUGUUCUCUCAUCUACGACGAAUCGGCAGGUUCAGUGAGCCUCAUGCUCGGUUCUACGCGGCUCAGAUUGUCCUCACCUUUGAGUACCUGCACGCCCUGGACCUCAUCUACCGAGACCUGAAACCGGAGAACCUGCUCAUAGACCAGCAGGGCUACAUACAGGUGACAGAUUUUGGUUUUGCUAAGCGUGUGAAAGGUCGAACCUGGACGCUGUGUGGAACCCCAGAGUACCUGGCCCCAGAGAUCAUCCUCAGCAAGGGGUAUAACAAGGCAGUAGACUGGUGGGCGUUGGGUGUGUUGGUCUAUGAGAUGGCGGCCGGUUAUCCUCCCUUCUUCGCUGACCAGCCCAUACAAAUUUACGAAAAGAUCGUCUCUGGGAAGGUGAGCUGGGCUGCUGUAACGGACACAAGUAUGUGCCGUAAGAUCACUCCAUAGCUAGCUUUAAAUGUU